UCCAAUCUUUACAGCGUACGGUUAACAGGGUUACUUCUGUAAACGUAAAUAAUUAAAGUAAAAAAUUUUAAGAAAACCUUCAAAUAAAAAUGAAAAUAUUCGUUGUUGUCACUUGUGCUCUCUUGGCCUUAGCAUCGGCUGAUGUUAGCCAUUUAUCCAAGAAAUAUCUACCACCUGCACAGCAAAGUUAUUCGAACGCCGGAUUUAGUUAUUCAACACCACUGGUGCAGCAAAGCUAUUCACCACCUUUGGUACAGCAGCCAACUUAUUCAGUACCUGCCGUGCAGCAGAGUUAUGCCGCACCUGUAAAUGAAUAUUUGCCACCCAAUAAGCAUAGUUACUCGACCGGUGGCUCAAGUGGUUUAGGUGGUUUAGGUGGUUUAGGUGGUUUCAGUGGUUCCUUUGGAUACUCAGCACCCGCCGUUGAUACCACUUAUAACGCACCAUCGGUUUCAUAUCAAUUACCUGCUGUGCAACAAGAUUAUUUGCCUCCUGUACAACAAACUUACGUUCCAGCUGUGCAGGGCACAUACUCCGCCCCAACUUCUGGCUAUUCAGGAUCGUCUUUCAGUUAUUCAUCGGGUGACGCUGGCACUCAAUACGCUUCCAAUGGUGGUUAUGUGUACAAAAAGUGAAGAACAAUAACAAUAAAACAGAAUGAAUCUUACAAUCUAGCGAACCGGAAAGAUUCUAUCUUCCUAAAAUAUCUUAUGUAAAUUACCAUCAAUGCUAUUUGUUAAUUAUUGCAAUUUUUGUAAAUAAAUCAAUUUAAAAUAUAAUAAAUACGCAUUAUUCAUAUAUUUAUAAUGUCUGCACACGAGGCAACUCUUUUCCGUCAUGAAAAAUAAGCAAGUAAUGAUUCCAUCAUUGGAUUAUUAGUAACCGACAAUAUGCGUCCCAGUUGCUACGAAGCUUAAAUAUACUCCACAACACUACAAUUCUAAAACGAUUUAGUUAUACCAAAAUGUUGUAAUCGUAGUUCAUUUUCAAAGACUUUAGC